AUGAAAGAUGCAGAACAGAAAUUCCACUCCCGAUUUGUAAACUUGACGGAGGUUUACAUCAAUGAGCAAGAAGCAGAACUAUUAAAAAAAGGCCUCAAACACAACAUUGAAAGUUACAACCAAAAGAGGGAACUUGAACAAGCUAUCGUGGAUACUGAAGUUAUUAUAUCACGGCUUCCAACUGAAGAACAGGAGCACGCCAGACACAUAUGUCGGCACAUAAUUGAAAAAGACAUAAAUGCCAAGAAAACUAGGAAGCAGAAGAACGAAAACCAAACCAUAAAAGGGCUCAAAGAAAAGAUAAGGGCAAAUAAUGUUAUAACUACAAAAGCAGACAAAGGCAAUACCACCGUAUUAAUUGAUAAAAAAGAUUACAUAGAGAAAACUGAAAGUCUAAUAACUGAAAUAGGGUGCAAUAAAUUGGGAAAAGAUCCCACUGAAGAAUACCAAGCAGCAAUAAAGAAUACCAUAAAGAAAAGCACAACCAUAAUAAAGGAUAAUCUACCAUAUAGACUAACACUUAUGAACCCGAGUGUCCCUCCGUUGAUUGCCUUGCCGAGGACACACAAACCAGGCACCCCGAUGAGACCUAUCAUUAAUUACAAGUCUGCUCCCGGAUACAGACUCUCCAAGCACCUAAAGACGCUGCUGGGGGAUAGUCUGGAUCUACGCAAUAAAUAUACUAUUACAAAUACAACGGAACUAAUCGAGAAGAUGAAAUCGUUGAAGAUCAACGAAAACACUAAAUUCGUAUCAUUCGACAUCAAGGACCUUUACCCAUCGAUACCAACAAUAGAAACCAUAAAGACCGUACAAGAAAUACUGAUGGGAAAAAUGAAAAGAGAAGCUGUCACGGAAAUAAUAAACGCGUUGAAGGUCACAUUAAAACAAAACUACUUCCGGUUCAACAAUAAGAUAUAUAAACUGAUUAACGGGUUAGGAAUGGGCAAUCCGACGUCAGCAAUACUCAUGGAAGUAUUCAUGCAAACACUGGAGGAGAAAUAUAUGAAAAACCUAUCGACCAACCUAGGAGUAAAAUUCUACGCGAGAUAUGUCGAUGAUGUAAUAUGUCUAAUAGAGGGAAACAAAGAGAAACAGAUACUAGACUAUCUCAACAAACAACACCAAAAUAUAAAAUUCACCAUGGAAACGGAAGAGGAAAGGAAGAUUAACUAUCUGGAUUUAACAAUUAAAAUAAACGAUACCACGAACAAGAUAGAGUUCGAAAUAUACAGAAAACCAACAGCCACAGACACAAUUAUACACAAUAGCUCAAACCACCCACAGCAACACAAAAAUGCAGCAUUUAAACAACUAAUAACGAGGCUUGAAAGGACCCCUCUAACAGAAGAAUGCUACAAGAAGGAACUGGAUACAAUAUAUGCCAUUGCGGAAAAUAACGGAUAUAGGAGAGGCCUGGUGGAGAAGACUGGUGGUGGCAGCAUGUUGGGUGAUGUUAACAUAUCCGCUAUUCUCGAUUCAUUUAGUGUUAGCUACGACAAAAGAGUAAGACCUAACUAUGGAGGACUGGUGGUGGCAGCAUGUUGGGUGAUGUUAACAUAUCCGCUAUUCUCGAUUCAUUUAGUGUUAGCUACGACAAAAGAGUAA